UUGUGUCUUAGAGGACCCUAACCGCCUGACUCUCCACUGGCCGGGCCCACAGGAGGAAGACUCCCUAUCUCUUCGCAGAAACCUGCAAGUGGCUGCGUGGUCUCCUCAACAGGGCCGUAGCCUUUGAUUUCCUUCCGGAGCUGGUGUUCAGAAGAGGUGUCCGGGAGGAGCCUUGGAGCCUACAGAUAGGCUGGCCGAUUCAGCAGAAAAAUGCUCUCCCCACUGCAGAAUUGAAAGGCUGUGAUGAAACUGUGUUGUGGGCAGUUACCGGUACUUCUCUCGGGACAGGGGAUGGGACGUCAUCUACAUUUCCUUUCCCACCCCUCCCAGCCUUUUGGCCCCGUGCCCCCCUGGGUCCAAAGGUGAGAGGAGGAGCAUAAAAACCCCAGAGCCUCAGAAGCUGCGGUCUUUCAUCAGGGACUCUUUCCAUCCUUGGCUUGGCUGCAGGAUGAAGCCCCUGGCUGCCCUGAGGAUCCAGGCUUUCUUCUGCUUCUGUGCCUGCCUCUCUGCCACAUCCUUAGGCAUGGGGGUGCCCACCAUCACAGCCGCCCGAAUCUACAAGGGCCAGCUGGCCGGAGGCUCCGGGGAAGAGAGCGUGCUGGCAAUGGAGAGAUUCCCCUACGUCGCCUUGUCCAAGACGUACAAUGUGGACCGGCAGGUGCCUGACAGCGCUGGAACCGCCACUGCCUACCUGUGCGGGGUGAAGGCCAAUGCUAAAACCCUGGGCCUGAGUGCUCGUGCCACCUUGGGCCAAUGCAACACCACCUUUGGCAACGAAGUCCACUCUGUGCUGCAUCGGGCAACAUUGUCAGGGAAGUCUGUGGGGAUCGUGACCACCACCCGUGUGCAGCAUGCCUCUCCGGCUGCCGCCUAUGCCCACUCGGCCAGCCGUGAGUGGUACGGCGACGUCAACAUGUCGAAGGAGGCCGCCAGCCAAGGCUGCAAGGACAUUGCCUACCAGCUGGUGCACAACACAGACAUCAAUGUGAUUCUCGGAGGAGGGCGGAAAUUCAUGCUGCCUAGGAACAUGAGUGACCCAGAGCAUCCGAAACAGAAUGGGACCAGGAAGGAUGGCCUGAACCUCAUUGAAAUGUGGUUGAGCAACAGGAUGGGAGCUCAGUAUGUCUGGAAUAAAACAGGGCUGGCCUCCGUCAAUGAAAACACUACCAACCAUCUUAUGGGUCUCUUUGAGCCGCACGACAUGGCGUACGAGCUGGAUCGAGACAACAACACGGACCCUUCCAUUGUGGAGAUGACGGAGAAGGCCAUACGGAUCCUGCGCAGGAACCCCAACGGCUUCUUCCUCUUUGUGGAAGGAGGCAGGAUUGACCACGGGCAUCACAAGGGCAGAGCCAAGCUGGCCCUGAGCGAGACUGUGAUGAUGGACCGGGCCGUGGAGAGAGCCGUGGAGCUGACCGACGCCUCAGAGACUCUCAUGGUGGUCACAGCUGACCACUCGCACGUCUUCACCUUAGGCGGCAACACACCACGGGGCAACAACAUCUUUGGCCUGGCACCCAAGCAAGCGAAAGACAAGCGGGCAUUCACCAGUAUCCUCUAUGGGAACGGACCUGGGUACAAGCUCAGGAAUGGCAGCCGCCCAGAUGUCAGCUCCGAUGCUUUCGAGGACAAGGACUACCGGCAGCAGGCAGCUGUGCCCCUGGACAUCGAGACCCACGGCGGAGAGGACGUGGCCAUCAUGGCACAGGGACCCAUGGCCCAUCUCUUCCACGGCAUCCAGGAGCAGAACUACAUUGCCCAUGUCCUGGCCUACGCAGGCUGCAUCAAGCCAUAUGACAGGCACCCCGACUGCCCUGAGCAGGUCCGGACUGAAGGUUUUGGAUCACCUGGCCUGGGUGUCUCACAUCGCCCCUCCUCGCUACCCCUCCUUGCACUCUGGGUGUGCCUUUUCUUGCAGAUGAUGUGACACUGAAACACACACACACACACACACACACUACUGGAAAGCUCGUCUUCAAAAGACCUCUCUGGGCAUCACCUGGGAGGUUGCUAGUGUUCCCGGACAUUCCCAAAGGGACAUCGGUCUUGUUCAUUCAUUUGUUUGGCUUCAUUGCAUACAACUGUAUAUUAAUGGAUGGUGAUGCUCUCCUUAGCCUCAGCUUUCAAAGAAUAAAGCAUGAUGUUGUUUUCUUUA